AAAAUCGUUUGUCCUUUUUUAACGUUUAUUUUCGAUAUUUUCGUGUUAGGCACAACCUAUAUCGAUACAACGAAAACUGGAAUUAUCGAUGUUUCCAAAAUAUUAUAGCUAUACACCUUAUGUCGACGGUUGCAUUUACCUGGGCCGACUCCACCAUUAUAGUAUCCCCUCUGGCCUCUGGCAGUCUGACCCAUCUUGUGUUGCUGGAUAAAAAUUCAGCUGCCAGCCUGCCACACCGAUACUGUCGUCGUUAUGAUUUCAGUCGUUGUCAUUCGAUACAGGGUAACUAACGUGCGUGUACGUUGUACGCCUUGCACCCACAUACUAUUAUUAUCGUUGUUAUUAUUGUUAUACGAUAUAAUAGCAUCGUUCAUAACCAUAUAUUUAACGACCAUGGGUACUUACCUCGACAAUCCGAUAACCGAAAAAGUCUCUGAAGACAUGGAAGACGACACGUUCGUGUGUGGCGUCAGUUCCAUGCAGGGUUGGCGUAUCAGACAAGAAGAUGCUCACUUCUGUCUACUUGACUUCGAUAAGAAUAUGUCACUUUUUGGUGUGUUUGACGGACACGGUGGUGCUGAGGUAGCUCGGUUGGCGGUUGAAGUGUUGCCUGACAUGAUAAGAAACCAACCUUUUAACGUCGGCGAUUAUGAAAAUGCUCUGAAAAACGCAUACUUGGAUUUUGACUUAUAUUUGCGCUCCAAGACUGCUUUGAAUAGAAUGAAAGUUCUUGCAGCACAAGAUAUUAGAGUGAAUGCAGAAGAUGUCAAUGUAGACAACAAAAAGGAUAACAAGGACAGCACUGCCGUCGAGGAAGAUAUAAGCAAAAUGUAUGGCUUUUACAGUGGUUGCACCGCAGUCGUUGCGUUAAUAGUAGACAAGAAAAAGCUUUUUGUGGCUAACAUCGGAGACUCCAGGUGCGUCGUUGCUGUUCACGGUACUAAAGCCAUUGAUAUGUCAAAAGACCAUAAACCUAGGGACGAAUCAGAGUUAUUAAGAAUUCACGCAGCUGGUGCAAGAGUCACAUACGACGGACGAAUCAAUCGCGAUCUCAAUUUGUCCCGAGCUUUUGGUGAUCACAUGUAUAAGCAGAAUAAUUCGCUUCGGGAAACAGAGCAAGUUGUCAUCGCUCUACCCGACGUACAGGCCAGAAUAUUAAAUGCAGAAUACGGUGAUUUUAUUGUAUUGGGAUGUGAUGGCAUAUGGGAUUCAUUAAGUAGUCAGGCUACCGUAGACUUGAUAUCAAAUCACAUCAACGAACCCGAUAUAAAGCUAUCGGCAGUUUGCGAAAAAUUACUCAACAAAUGUUUCUCGGCUGAACGUCGUUCAAAAGGUGUUGAUAACAUGACAUGCAUUAUUGUGAAAUUUAAACCCAAACAACGUCUGUCGGAUCAAAAGGAUGGUGAUCAAAUCGCUUGCAAACUUAAAGUGCUCAAUUUACAUUGAAUUGACAACAAUUACAGUUAUUAAAUGGCUAUCGACUGCUCAUAAUAUAAUAUUUUUAUUUUUUAUCCAAACCAAAGUGAAUUAUACGAUUUGACUUAUUUUACGUAUUAUAGUAUAUAAUAUUUUCAUUUUUAUUUUAUACACAGACUCAAAUGAAUUAUCUAUCGAUUUUACGUAGGUAUUGUAUUUUAAUAUUCGAUUGGAAAAUAUCUGCAUCUAGACAAUGUCUUAAUAUUAUAUUAACAAUGCAAUCAUGAAUUUAGUUUUAAAUCUAUGGAUCAUUAUUUAGAUAUUUUGUAUACAUUAGCUAUGGAAAAAUCAGGUUUUGGGAUGGUUUGGUACUUAUUGUAGUAUUUCAUUUUUUCUUAAAUAAAAACAAUUUGAAAAGAAAUCAUAUUUUCGUUUUGUAUAUAUACCUGUUCUAUGUGUUAUUAACAAUAUUAGUUUAUAAGUUUAAUUUUAAUGCAUUUACUUUUACAACAUUCAUUAUUGCAAAAAAUAUUGAUUUAAUUGUUUUUAUUGAUAUUAAAGUGUUAAAUGGCAGUUAUAAUGCACAUGGUUAUUACUUAUUGGUAUAGGGCUCGGAUUUCUAUGCCAUAUGCAUAUACAUAUUUUUUCUAGAAUGCUUGACAUAAUUAUUUUCAAGAUAUAAAUU